UGGAAGACAAUUGUACCAAUGGUGGUACAACAUAUAAUUGCAGCUGUUUAAUUUAUUAAAUAUAUUAUUUGACAUCAAUUCCGAAAAGCAGGAAACAACAUAACAACAAUCUGUGCCAAACGCAAAUACAUCCAUACGGAUACCUAACUGUGCCAUAGAGUACUUUUAUUUUUCGUCUACAUAUAUUACCACGAACUUGUAUUACUACACGUCCGUGAUAUUACACAUUGAUUUGUUAAUUCCUGUGAGUGUGGUCAAGAUGCCGCCAUGAUUAUCACGCCGUAAACGAGUUCGAUGAGACUUGCGUGUUCUGGUCAGAAAACGUUGCGAGCGCUUUCGGAAGUUGAACGCAACCCAGACCGGAACUUCAAACAAGCGGGAAGUUUGUCUAUGGUUACCUAAGACACUGGUAGCUUCGUAUACAAUACUCGUCUCCCUUUUGCACUCUGGUAACCCGAAAAAACAGAAGGAAUAAGUAGAUGUUGUAAGCAUUAAAGGCUGUUAAGUUAUGUAAAGUAGGGCGCACUCUCGCAACUAAAAUAAACUUUUGUUCUUCGCCUGGAAGAGGAUACAAUCAAGCAUAAAGAAUGGAGUCGAAAGAUUUGUUUAGUUUUGAGAGCGUUGAUGAGGCACAACUUCUGCAAGCCGUUCCGAAAAAAAGAAAAACAUUCUUAGAUUCAACGAAUCCUGUCCCAGAUGCCCGAAUAUCAGACAAAGAGUCCAAAGAGAAAAUAGAGAGCUUCCUAUCCAAGCGUCAGAAUACAUCGGACAGAAUAACAGAAGAGAAAAACUUGCAUGACAAGACUACAGAUUUCAAAACCCAAACAUCAAGUCCCAGUCUCAACCAGCUCCCACCGUUUCUUAUAUCAAGAACUGAUUCAGAUGCAUUGACACAUGGAAUAGGUGAAUGCAUGUAUGAAGAUGUUCAGUCGGUAGAUGUGAAAGGAGAUUGUGCCAAAAAACUUUGGGACCAACAGAAGAAAGGUGUUGACUAUAAUGUAUAUUCCAGAGUAGAUCCAGAAGUUAAAAAUCAUGGAGAACUGCGAGUUGGAUAUGUGUAUAGCAAGGAACUCAUUGAUGCCUGUAAUGAUCUGCCAAGGAUAGCUGGAAGGGCAGGUGUAGUACAUUCUUUGAUUGAGACACUUGGUCUACUCGCCGAUGUCAUAACUAUUUCACCCAGAAAAGGAAAAGAGGAAGAAAUACAAAGAUUUCACUCUACAGACUUCAUUGAAUUUUUGCAUCGCAUUAACAGUGUUUCAGAUGAAGAGAAAGUUAACACAGAAGAGGCAGAACUUUAUGGGCUGUCCUAUGACUGCCCUGUCCAAGAAGGAAUCUAUGACUGUGCUGCUCUGGUUGCUGGGGCAACACUUACUGCAGCAGAGGCUCUUUGUGAAGGCAUAUGUGACGUGGCCAUAAAUUGGUGUGGUGGCUGGCAUCAUGCGCAAAGGAGCAGUGCAUCUGGCUUCUGUUACAUUAACGACAUCGUACUUGGAAUACUGAAACUACGAGAGACGUUUUCCAGGAUUGUUUAUGUUGAUCUUGACCUGCACCAUGGAGACGGUGUAGAAGAUGCUUUUUCGACAACACCCCAUGUGCUGACUCUUUCUCUUCACAAAUAUUCACCUGGCUUUUUUCCAGGUACUGGUGCUGCUAGUGAUGUGGGUUUGAGGAGAGGAAAGUUCUACUCUGUUAACAUCCCGCUCAUGGAUGGCAUUCGUGAUGCCCAGUAUUAUGCCGUGUUCAAGAGAGUUAUGUCAUCAGUCUGUACUGUAUAUCAGCCACAAGCCAUUGUGUGCCAAUGUGGUGCUGAUGGUCUUGCAGGAGAUCCCAUGGGUGCGUUCAACCUGACUGAAGUUUCCUAUUCUGACUGCUUGCAUCAUAUACUAGACUUGAAGCUGCCGACACUUGUGCUAGGGGGAGGUGGCUAUAGCUAUUCCAACACAGCUCGCUGCUGGGCACAUUUGACAGCAGUAGCAGUGGGCCGAAAACUUCCCCAGGAAGUCCCAGAUCACAGGUACUAUAUGGACUACAGCCCAGACUUUGAAAUGAACAUUCAGGCAGGUAAUCGACCAGAUCUCAACAAAGAUGAGGAGCUAAUGGACAUUUGCAGCAGAGUUGCAGAAAACCUGGAGCAGAUAAAGGGUUGUUGUCAUACAAUGAGGAGAGCAACAGACAUGAAAAUGUAAAGACCAAGGGCACAUUUUGACAACUCAUUGCAGAAUUUAUUUAAACUGUCUGAAAAGAAAUCUAUUUUUGUGUUUGGAUAUUUUCAUUGCUGGUGAGUCCAUAGCUGUAAACCAACUAAUUUGCUCAUAAUUUCUACAAGUCUUUCGAAAUUUUUGAUGCACAUAUAUUGCAGAUGUGUAUUCUCAAAAAAAAAAAAAAAAAAAAAAAAAAAAAA